GAGAGACCUGGCAAUGUGUCUCGAACACCCUGAGGUUCACCCCGUCUGGGGGGUGGGGGGAGAAAGCUAUCAUCUAAGUCUUGUCAUAGCCUGACACGAGCUGGCAGCGAGCGAGAUGCACGGUGUUUUACAGAUCAGUAAUGGUGGGUUCUACGGUUGCGGGCGUACCGUUGAAGGUGCGUGGAUCAUUGAAGCGGAUUACACCCGAGGGGCUGGUGCCCGAGGUGCCCGAAGCGGGCGCCGCACCUUGCAAAGAGGUAGCGAAAUUCCCCAGAGCAACCUGUAUAGAGGCCUGGUUGGUGACGAAAGUAGUCUGUGCGCCGGCGAGGCCGUCGAUGGCCUUCACAGCCUAUGCGAGGGCUCGCAAGGCGGGGGAUCAUCAGUGCCAACAGGCACUGCAUGGCUUGGGGCUGAGCAUUCGAGGAGGGAUCGAAACGACUAUCAGCUGCCAGUGGCAUUGACCACCAGAAGCGAAGCCUGCUGGAGCAGCUCGGCCAAGGUGUAUCAUAGAUAGGCCAUAUCAUCCUUCGGGAAGACCGCCCACACGGUCGGUAGCGCUGCGAAGACUGAAGAAUGGAGGUCACGAUGUCUAGGCGCCUCAUGUUCACAAUGUCUACACACAUAUAUA